UUCCAAUGAACGUCAAAGCUCACAUUAAUCACAAAGCUAAGAUUCACAACCUAUAGGCCCCCUCUCUCUCUCUCCGCACCAAUAUAAAUUUCUGCCUAUAACCCAACAAACCCACCAACAUUCUCACACAUUCACACUCUUAAAAAAAAAAUGCACAAAAAACUCAGCCCCAUGACUCUUCUCCAUCUCAUUAUCUUUUUCUCUUCUUUCACUGUUGGAUUCUCUUCAUCUGGUGAAAACCCAUUCACACCGAAAUCCUAUCUGAUUCGGUACUGGAACAAAGAGGUCCGAAACACCAAGUCCGACCCGAGUUUUUUGUUAUCCAAGGCGUCCCCAUUGAGCACGGUUGACUCAGCGAGUUUCUCCAAACUCGCCUCCCAGAACUCGCUCUCGACUCACCUCCCUGCCUUCUGCUCCUCCGCGAACCUCCUCUGCUUCCCCGAUUUAGCGCCGAGUCUCGAGAAGCACGACAAAGACUCGAACUUUGCCGGGUACGCGGACCGGAACUUCUCCAACUACGGCACCGAUCGGCUCGGCGGAGCCGACUCGUUCAAGGCCUACUCCAGUGACCGGAACAUGCCGGUGGACUCGUUCCGCCGAUACAGCCGGGACUCCUCGCGUCACAAGGACCAAUUCAACAACUACGCAUCGAACGGAAACGUGGUGGACCAGGGUUUCAAUGGCUACGCCACUGGCUCCACUGGCGGCUCCGGCGAGUUCACGAAGUACGCUGACUCAGUCAAUGUCCCCCACCUAGCUUUCACAUCCUACUCGGACGAUUCCAACGGCCGGUCCCACUCGUUCACCUCUUAUAGCGAGAACGCCAACGCCGGCGACCAGAAAUUCGCUAGCUACGGCAAAAACGCCAAUGGAGCCCCGAACGACUUCAAAGGCUACGGGGCCAGCGCCAAUGUCGUCGGGUCGGGUUUCUCGGGUUACGGCCAGUCCGGCAAUGCCGUUAACGACACGUUCACAAAUUACGGUAACGAAGGAAACAAUCCACAGAACAAUUUCAAAAGCUACGGCGACGGAGGCAACGGCGCCAUUGAAACCUUCAAGAAUUACAGAGACAAAUCCAAUGUGGGUGACGACUCGUUCCAGAGUUACUCGAAGAACUCAAACUCGGCGGAGGUCAAUUUCGUAAAUUACGGCAAGUCCUUCAACGAAGGCACUGACAAGUUCAGCGGUUACGGUCAAGGCAGCGAAGGCCACGCCGUUGGAUUCAAGAUCUACGGCGUGAACAACACCUUCAAAGAUUACUCGAAGAAAGGAGUCACAUUUGCUACAUACAACAAUGCGAGCGUGAAAACUGAGCAGAAAAGCGAAGCAAUGGCGCUCAGUGGCAGUUUGGUAAAAAGGUUCGUCGAGCCGGGCAAAUUCUUUCGCGAGUCGAUGUUGAAGAAAGGGACAGUGAUGCCAAUGCCCAACAUUAAGGAUAAAAUGCCCAAAAGGUCGUUUUUGCCCCGGUCGAUUUUGUCGAAAUUACCGUUCUCGUCCUCGAAGAUCUCCGAGAUGAAGCAGAUUUUUCACGCCGAUGAUAACUCGACCAUGGAGGCCAUGAUUGUGGACUCGCUCAGCGACUGCGAGAGGGCUCCGAGCCCGGGCGAGACCAAGCGGUGCGUGGGUUCGGCCGAGGACAUGAUUGACUUUGCGGUUUCGGUUUUGGGUCGAAACGUCGCCGUUCGAACGACUGAGAAUGUGAGAGGGUCAAACCAGAAUGUGAAGCUCGGAUCGGUCAACGGAAUCAACGGUGGGAAAGUCACGCAAUCGGUCUCAUGUCACCAGAGCCUGUUCCCGUACCUACUGUAUUACUGCCACUCGGUUCCGAAGGUUCGGGUCUACGAAGCGGACAUACUGGAUCAGAAUUCGAAAGCCAAGAUUAACCAUGGUGUUGCCAUCUGUCACUUGGACACAUCAGCUUGGAGCCCGAGUCACGGAUCUUUCUUGGCUCUUGGAUCGGGUCCGGGUCGGAUCGAGGUUUGUCACUGGAUUUUUGAGAAUGAUCUGACGUGGACAAUUGCUGACUAAGCAAUUCUGUGGGUAUGGGUUACUGGGUAUGGUUCGAACCGGUGGGUAAGAAAGCUUAACUGCCGGGGCUAAGAAUCCAAGUUUGAUUUAUUUUUAAGUUAAUACUAUCUGGUAAGGAAUUUUUAGCUUUUGAUAGGAAAAGUAAGGUAUUAUUAUGGGUUUUUACUUUACAUCUGGAAGAAGAUGUUUAUUAUUACUAUAUAAUUUGAGUUUUUGAUCAA